AUGGCGCCUUUGUUGAUUGCAGAUGGAAAAAUACAGAUUGUUGCACAGACCGCAAACAGCGUUGCCUAUGCCGUCGAGAACGAUAGUAACACCGGAUUGGCCAAGGACAGCCCCUUUGUUCUAAAAGGUGGAACAGUCUGGUAUAAAGGGAAACAGGCCCUAGGACCAGGCAAGGAUAUUGAUGAAUCGCACGAAAGCAUCAAGAAAGAAGCAACCAUAUACAAGACUCUGGGACAGCAUGACCGCAUCCUCAAAUGUUUCGGUCCCGAGGUUGACGUCCUCAAUGGCCAAGAUUCGAUACCGAAAGCCUGGGCGUUGCGUCUAGAGCGAUCUCCACUCGACAGUCUUCGAGACAACAUAAUCGAUACUUACAAUAACCCUCCUAGCCAGCUGAUUCGACUUCAACUGGCGCAUCAGUUUUCUGAGGGUGUUGCCCAUCUCCAUCAUAUGGGAAUUAUCUGGGGCGACUUGUCAACUCGAAACGCAUUUCUGUUUGACAACUGGCAACUGAAGCUGGGUGAUUUUGCUGACUCGGACCACAUGAAUGCCUAUCCCAGUGACUGGUAUGGCUGCGAGGACCGCUACUGUCCUCCUGGUUCAAAUAACCCCCAAAUGCAUGAUGUUGGGACCAUGAAUCGCGAGUUAUUUGCCCUGGGUAGUGCGAUCUAUGAGAUAACCGAGUGGAAGCUACCAUAUGGCUCAGAUACAGAAGUGGUGGACGGUGAUGUUGCCAAACAGUUAGUCAACGGAAAAUAG